UACCUGUCCAGACGCGCAUAUUUCUGCAAAUUCCUGAGCCUUGCACAUUUUUUAUGCUGGCAUGCGGGCGCAGCCGUCCAGUGGCUUCGUCGUCGCGACUGCUUUUCACAGUUGUGCCAUUGUAGCGGUGGCUUCAUGCAGACAAGUCGAGACUUUGCUGCUAAACGUGUAAGUCAAGCUUGAGCGCGACCAAAGAGAUUUUCAUUUACCUGUGGUUCCGUUCCUGUCGCCUGACGUUUUCUCUUUUGUUUCGUGUAUUUUGUAUGGCGGAGCGUACGACUCGCCAGAGUGGUGCCAACCGCGAUUAGGGAGUACACACGCAAAUCAGGUGUCCUUGUCGAGGCGACGCUUCCGUAACACUCUUAUGCACACACAAAUUCUAUUAGUGUUUAACCUUCUAACGCAUGGAAAUUAGGUUGAUAUCUAGUAAGGACUCAGACGUUGCUAUAAAAGCAAACAAAUCUGCCGAAUUGUUUUAAACGCGUUUCAGAUAUUGAAGAGUAAACACUACUUGAUCUACAAGAGCGAAAUGACUACAAGUGUGCAACAAUUUCCAACAUAUUCCAUCGAGGUUGGAGUUCACAAAGGAAUACCUUUCUAUAAUGUCUCACCUUACCACACGAACAACCAGAAACGGACAACUUCCAUGCAACACAAAUCGAUGAGCAGUAACCCUUACGAUCAAGCAAGCUCAGCAGAAGAUCAGCCGACUUCAUCCUCAACUGCAAAUAAACAUAAACGUUCGCGCACCGCAUUCACCAGAAGUCAGAUAUUGGAGUUGGAAUGUGAGUUCCAGAAAAACGUAUAUCUUUAUCGUACACGCCGCAUAGAAAUCGCCAGGCGUUUAUCGCUCCGUGAGCGUCAGGUGAAAAUAUGGUUUCAAAAUCGUCGCAUGAAACAAAAGAAGGAUUCGAAACGUUCGUCAUUCAAUGAAAGACUCACUGUAAAAGAUUCGCAGACGUUGAGCGAACAACUAGCGCACAGAGGCAUAGUGCAACGACUGAUGUCCUACUCCAUGGAUCCCGCGGUAAGACGACAGCAAUACUUCGGAAGUUCGCCCUGCAACAUAAACACCUUUAACCCAGUUAAAUCUAAAAAUAUCGCUAAGUCUGCAACGCAAAACACAUUUACGGCAAAUGCUAGUACGAUACCGCCAUCGAUACCAUCCCCGGAUCUGGCAGAAAUAUUGCAACAACUUAACCAAAGCACCGGCUUUACACAGUCAGGAACCACGAAUGAAAUCGUUGCAAAUCCAGCGUUGCCACUGCACACUCCAGAACCACUUCGUGCUGUUGAUUGUACAGGAGCGAGCAAAGUAAUGUCUGCAGAACCGAUGAAUUGCGAAAAUAUAUCAGUUGCGUGGUCUGCAACACCACAAUCCAUAUCUUCGCCCAAGCCCUCAAUGAAUCUGUCGUGGUGCGAACCCUUGAACUGGCUGCUGGCAGAAAGUAGUGAAUAUUAAUUAUGUAUUCAGAAAUAUUAAAUGCCACAAAAUAAUAAUAAGAUAUUAUUUAUUAUAUUUUUAGCUAAAAUACCAAACA